AGUAGAGCAAGUCGUACCCAGCCUACACUCAACUACCGUGACCGUCGUCCAACCGAUAUUUUCAAUGUCCUUCAUGGCAGUCCAGGUUCAUUAGGUUAAACCUCAUGUAAAUCGCAUUUCUAUGGUACUGCCAGUGAUGCAGAUGGCACCCCAUUCGACAGCAAGUCGGUCGACGAUGCCUGUAUAUAUAUUCCAGGUUUGUAUUCGAGCUUCACCGUGUUACGGUACACCACUAGGACACUUCAAGUUCCAUAGUAUAACCGUAGUUUAUAGGUUGAUUGCCAGUUCAGUAUGGAGGACCACAGCCGAUCAGACUCGGUUCAACCCGCUCCAAGUUCACGAACUCAUGCCGCUCACAAAACAUCAAUUGUAUCUAACGCACGCGGGACCCCAUCUCGUCCACGAAUACUCUCGCCAGAAGCAAGGAGUGUUGUCGAGUAUAUUUCUCGCGCAUGCACAGAGGCUCGGAUUUGUUAUCAGAAUGAACCUAUCCGCUCUCAGGUACCUUUAGCGCUCUCUGGCGAGUUCAUCCGUUGUCGACCACGGGCCAAAGGUGGCGCUUGCCCUCUCGCAAUGACUAUCCCCCAAUUCAAAGAAUGGGCUUUUCAAACGGGUGCAGACGUUCUUCGAGUGGCUGAUUUGUCCCUCUGGAAGUCGCCAGAUAUAUGGCGCCACGAAUUCAUCGUGGUCACAUUAGAGCCAGACGCAUCAUUCACCCCGAAGGCUUUGCCAACGCCAAGCAGCCCACUCCAUUCGUUCCGCUUGGAAGAGAAUGUAAAAAAGGGCUUAAAGUUUCGCAUUGACCGCGGUAUUAGAGCACGAGCCACGCUCUCGCGGAAAGGUUCUUGGAGUCUCAAGGCCGGAGUUGACAGCGUAGAGCUCAUGAAUUAUGAGACCAAAUUUGACGGAUGCGUUUCUUGUUUUUCAUUGCUGGCUCGCCCAAACCUCAACAAUACCCACCUUUCGCGCGGCCAAUACCUUGCUGAGCUUAUCUCUCCACGGGUCUCUGACGUCCUUUUCUGCCUCGACCGCGUAUCGGAAACUAUAGGACCCGAAUAUACGCUUUAUCGUCGCAACUGCUGGACAUUCUCAUCCUUUAUAUUCCGUCUCAUGCACCUUCUCUUCGACGCAGCUCUCGAUAUGAAAGUAUCGCACAGGAAUAAUCUAAAAGGUUUCAUUCGACGACACUUCGUUGGAAUCUCAGUCGGAAGACCGUUCCUAGGUCAACUUUUACAUCCCCCUUUUAUCACCCCUGUAGCAUUAUUUGGACACCAAAAAGAUAGAGGUAUCCCAUUAUCUAGAAAUCCUUUUCGUUCUCUAUUCAUCGGCGUUUGCUUGAGAUAUUCGCACAUCCGAAAUCUUCUUGACAUUUCUACCACCGACGCUACAGAUCUCGGCAUGCGGCUGCUGACUAUCGUCAAGUAUACUGCUGUGCGUUCAGAGCUCAUUUCCAGCGGUAUGGUAGCUCUGCUCGAGAUGUUGAUCAAUCGACACAUGUGCAGUCAAAAACGUAUUGCAAUGGGUAUCCCAAAUGACUCUGCCGUACUGGCAUUAUCUCUUCUUGCAUUCUGCAUUUUCACGUUGCCUGGCGAUUAAAAAAGUUCGGUGAGCUACGACACCGACUACUGCUUCCGUUUCGCUCGGCUUUGUAUACCUUACGACAUAAUUGUGCAUGUUCGAGAUGACGCUGUAUGCAGAUGCAAAGACCUAAGAAAUUCAAUGGUUCUUUCCACUAACCCCGUGGUUGUUCAACAGAAAAAAUGAUUAGAACAGUUUUGGAUCC